CUCCCUCCGGUGGGCGGGCUGAGUUCCUCCCCGCCCGCCGCCCCACCGCAGCCGGAGGGCGCCGCGGCAGCCGAAACGCGAUCGAUGCCGGGAGCGCGGAGGAGAAGGCGGCGGCGCUGCUGAGAGGGGGGGCGGCCCCGCCCGGAGAUGGGGAUUCUCAGCAUCACGGACCAGCCUCCUCUGGUCCAAGCCAUUUUUAACCGUGACAUAGAGGAGGUACGGUCAUUACUGAGUCAGAAGGAGAAUAUCAACGUGUUGGACCAAGAGAGACGAACCCCUUUGCAUGCAGCUGCAUACUUAGGGGACACCUCUAUUGUUGAACUCCUAAUACUAUCAGGUGCUAACGUCAAUGCAAAGGACAGUCUUUGGCUAACCCCGUUACACCGUGCUGCAGCUUCUCGUAAUGAGAAAGCACUUAACCUCCUCUUAAAGCACUCGGCAGACAUCAAUGCUCGUGACAAGUAUUGGCAAACACCACUGCAUGUUGCUGCCGCCAACAGAGCUACCAAGUGUGUUGAGACCAUCAUGCCGCUGCUUAGUAAUGUUAAUGUGGCAGACCGCACUGGCCGAACAGCACUGCACCAUGCUGUACACAGUGGGCACCUUGAGAUGGUAAACUUGCUCUUAAAUAGAGGGGCCAAUCUGAGCACAUGUGACAAGAAGGAGAGACAACCAAUACAUUGGGCAGCCUUUCUGGGGCAUUUGGAAGUCUUGAAGCUACUGGUAGCCCGUGGAGCUGACAUCACGUGCAAAGACAAAAAGGGUUACACACUGUUGCAUACAGCAGCCGCCAGUGGCCAGAUUGAAGUUGUGAAGCACCUGCUGAGGCUUGGAGUUGAGAUCGAUGAACCAAAUUCCUUUGGCAACACUGCACUUCACAUUGCCUGUUACAUGGGCCAGGAUGCCGUGGCGAAUGAACUGGUCAACUAUGGCGCCAAUGUCAAUCAGCCCAAUGAAAAGGGCUUUACCCCCCUGCACUUUGCUGCCGUCUCCACCAACGGAGCCCUGUGCCUGGAACUUCUUGUCAAUAAUGGAGCCGAUGUGAACUUUCAGAGUAAAGAAGGGAAGAGUCCUUUGCACAUGGCUGCCAUUCAUGGACGGUUUACACGCUCUCAGAUUCUCAUACAAAAUGGAAGUGAGAUUGACUGUGCGGACAAAUAUGGCAAUACCCCCCUCCACGUUGCUGCUAGAUAUGGCCACGAGCUGCUAAUUAGUACUUUGAUGACGAAUGGUGCUGACACUGCAAGGCGUGGGAUCCAUGACAUGUUCCCUCUGCACUUAGCUGUUCUCUUCGGAUUCUCAGACUGUUGUCGUAAGCUACUUUCCUCAGGUCAGUUGUACAGCAUUGUCUCCUCACUCAGCAAUGAGCAUGUGCUGUCUGCAGGCUUUGAUAUCAAUACGCCAGAUAACCUUGGGAGGACCUGCCUCCAUGCUGCUGCUUCCGGAGGGAAUGUUGAAUGUCUUAACUUGCUGUUGAGCAGCGGAGCUGACUUGAGGAGGAGAGAUAAGUUUGGAAGGACUCCUUUGCACUAUGCAGCCGCGAAUGGCAGCUAUCAGUGUACGGUGACACUAGUCACUGCCGGAGCCAGUAUUAAUGAAGCUGACUGUAAAGGCUGCACCCCCUUACAUUAUGCUGCUGCUUCAGACACUUACAGGAGAGCUGAGACUCAUUCAGGAAACAGCCAUGACACUGAUGAAGAGCCACUGAAAGAGUCACGACUGAAGGAGGCCAUCUUUUGUUUAGAGUUCUUACUGGAUAAUGGUGCUGACCCCUCUCUCCGAGACAAACAGGGAUACACUGCUGUCCAUUAUGCAGCUGCCUAUGGCAACCGACAGAACCUUGAGUUGCUCCUGGAAAUGUCGUUUAACUGCCUGGACGAUGUGGAAAGCACCAUUCCAGUCAGCCCUUUGCACUUAGCUGCCUAUAAUGGUCACUGUGAAGCCCUGAAGACGCUUGCCGAAACCCUGGUGAACCUGGAUGUGCGGGACCACAAAGGGAGGACAGCUUUAUAUCUUGCCACGGAAAGGGGCUCUACGGAAUGUGUGGAGGUGCUCACCAGCCAUGGUGCUUCUGCUCUUGUGAAGGAGAAAAAGAAGAAGUGGACACCCCUCCAUGCUGCUGCUGCCUAUGGGAACACAGAUUCCCUCCAUCUUCUCAUUGACAGUGGAGAGAGAGUCGACAUCACUGAUGUCAUGGACAUCCAUGGACAGACCCCAUUGAUGUUGGCGAUCAUGAAUGGCCAUGUAGAUUGUGUCCAUCUCUUACUAGAGAAGGGAUCCACAGUGGAUGCAGCAGACAGAAGAGGCAGGACUGCACUGCACCGGGGGGCUGUUACUGGCUGUGAAGACUGCCUUGCAGCACUGCUGGACCAUGAUGCCUUUGUAUUGUGUCGGGAUUUCAAGGGCCGGACCCCGAUCCAUUUUGCCUCGGUGUGUGGGCAUUCUGAAAUCCUGAGGACCUUGCUGCAGGCAGCGCUCUCUACUGACCCUCUGGACUCUGUAGUGGACUAUAGUGGCUAUUCACCAAUGCACUGGGCUUCAUACAGUGGGCAUGAAGAUUGUCUUGAAUUGUUACUUGAACACAAUCCAUUUGCAUAUCUAGAAGGAAACCCUUUUACUCCAUUGCACUGUGCAGUAAUUAACAACCAGGAUGGCACUGCUGAGAUGCUUGUUGAAGCAUUGGGUGCCAAGAUUGUUAAUAGCAGAGAUGCCAAAGGAAGGACCCCCCUUCACGCUGCUGCCUUUGCAGACAACAUCCAUGGUUUACAAUUGCUUUUGCAACACCAGGCUGAGGUAGAUGGAACUGACCAACUGGGGAGGACCCCUCUUAUGAUGGCUGCUGAAAAUGGCCAGACAGCAGCAGUUGAGUUCCUGCUGUACAGAGCAAAAGCAGAUCUAACUGUGCUGGAUGUCAACAAGAACACAGCUCUUCACCUGGCCUGCAGUAAGGGUCAUGAAAAGUGUGCCUUGUUGAUUCUGGGGGAAACCCAAGACCUUGGCCUUAUCAAUGCAACAAACAGUGCUCUACAGAUGCCACUCCAUAUUGCAGCUCGAAACGGAUUGGCAUCUGUUGUCCAGGCUCUGCUGAGCAGAGGUGCCACUGUGCUUGCUGUGGAUGAAGAAGGUAUGCAUCAUUCACAUCUGGAAGCUCAAGGCCAUACCCCAGCCUUGGCUUGUGCCCCCAACAAAGACGUUGCUGAUUGCCUGGCACUUAUCCUUUCCACCAUGAAGCCUUUUCCACCUAAAGACGCCAUCAGCCCUUUCAGCUUCAACCUCCUCAAGAACUGCGGGAUUGCUGCCAAGACAGCCGCCUGCAGCGCCCUGCCCAACGGGAACAGCUGCCCUUACACCAAGGAUAGGCACAAUGCCAUCGGCUUAGAUGGCUGUUAUUCGGAAUAGCUUAAAAACGAUGAUGGGUGAUCUAGUAUCUCUUCUAUUUAUUUAGGAAUUCUAUCAAUAUAGGACACUUUAAAGGAGAACAAGACUGGGAAUGGGCCUUCCAAAAGGUCCUAGGAACCAAAAAGAAAAAAGGAAAGGAAAGGAAAAAACCUAGAGAAAGUGAUCUCGGUUUCUGCAUCCUACCUAGAUACUUGCUUUGACCACUAGCAUUUCUUCUGCUAUCAAAAUUAACAAAAAAAGAAAGUGUGGGUUUCCAAACAGAUCCAUCCUUUUAAAAUGUUUUGUUUAAAUUUACUCUAAGAAGCUUUAAAAAUCUGCUCGUAUUCUUCUUUCCCCUGCUGUUUGCCAAAGGGUAUAGCCCGGUUCUUCUGAGUUCAAUGUUUCUAAGCAACUCACCUUUUUCAGUCCCAGUUUCUGAAGGCUUUGAUGCUUUGAGUGAAGAGCCAAUUAAAUUUAUUUCAUGCAGGGGGUUGUGGCAGCAGCCGAAGGAUUGGAUUUGAUCAUCUGGAUCAUCUUAUUAACGGUCUCCCACACUUCCCCUCUAUCAGGCCACCUUAUCAUUUGGGAUCAUUUUCUCUGUGUCCUCAGGAAAAGGAAAAAAAUAAUCUUUCCGAGGGACCCAGCAGGCUAGGCAGGGAGCAGAAGCCUGAAUUGCUGCUGCUUUUUGUUUUGCAUUGAAAUGAGGAGAGGGAGGUUGAUCAAUGAGGGACCGCCAAGAAGGGCAGCAGCUGCUGGCAAAGUGCCACUAUCAUUGCUUCUUCCUGUAUGGUAGCUUUUGUUUGUUUGUUUGUUGUGCUCGCCCUUUUUGAUUCCAGUCAGAAAAACACUUGAACUGAGAACUACUGUACCCGGAUACUCUGAUACUUUAGGCAGCUCAUAGUCCCUUGCGUGCGCCAUAGAUGCUGUUGCCCAACCAACGCGGUCCUCUUUAAAAACCUGUGUAUGCGCUGCCAGAAUUAUCCCAACCAUAUCAGGCACUUUAGGGAUCUUCUGUUUUUGGAGGCUGAUUUUUUUUGGGGGGGGGAGAGGGAAGGUUAUCCGGUUUGCAAAAUGUUGGAUCCCCAAAGGGAGUUUCUUUUGUGGUUCCCCACCCCACCCUCUCCCACCUCUGUUUUUGUGCAGUGUUUCCCAUUAGACAAGUCAGUGUUGCCUAAAAAGAUAUUUAUAAAGAAGCAAGCAUUUAUCUUUUGAAAAAUAGCCAAAAGGAAAAAAAGAAAAGAGAAAAGCUUUCUGCAAGGAGAACAGUGCACUUCAGAAUCUUACAAUCCUACAUUUGUAUUUAUAAUUUUUUCAACUAGAAUAACAUCCAGCAGAUUUCAUUAGGGGGUGGUGUGUGUGUAUCUGUCCGUCCAUCCAUCCAUGGGUGGGGCUAAGUAUGAGUGCGUAUUUUUUAUUUUAAAAUUCCUAUUUAUUACACAUUUGAGUGUGCGCACUGUUUUCUUUUUGUACUGUAAACCGUAUCAUGUGUAGAAACUAACAAAAAAAAAAGAUUACCAUAUCACAAAGUAUGUUCAAAGCCAAAGAUUGGGAUGUAGCAAUCAGAUGAAAGCUGCUGGGGCAAGCAAAACUUUAGGACCUAACAAUCUUUUCCAUCAGUUUCCCAGUCCUGCAGUGCUGUGGUAGGCUUGGGACUGUGUUUAGCAGAACAUGUGAAUUUUAAGAAUGAAUUAUUCCAAGGCAUGGUAUGUUUGGACGAGCAAGCUUUAAGGCUAGUAACCCUGGGAAGCAACUGGUUUUUAUUUUCUCCCAGGGUUUUCUUCUUACACACUCUCUUUGAUUGUUAAAGGAGAAUAUAUGAGGCAGCUAUAGACCUGAAUCCUUCUGCAUCAUGGUGCAUUUUACACUUUGACAAUGUAAGGAAUUUAAAACCCAGAAUUUAAACGGACAGACAAACUUUAUAUCUCCUCUGCCCUGCCCCGUUCAUACCGGAUUUACGAUGCAGAGUGGACACCAAUGCAAUUGCUAGAGCCUUAUUUAUUUGCAUCAACUGGUUGUCCAAAAUAAAAAGAUAGAAGAAUCAGAAACAGCCAAUUCAGAGGGUGUGGCUCGUGGCUAGAUCUUUCAAAGAGGAGAGUUGAAUCCAGAAGUUAGAAAAGAUGAUGAUGAUGAUGAAAUAAUAGUAGUGGAGACAAGACACAAAUCCCUUCCUUUUGACACUGUUUACUAAAGCCAAAUUCCUGCAGCCAAAUGACACAGCCACUAUCUUGCCCUUUGCCAGUGCAUUUUUUUAAAGGAUAUGAUCACUUCAUUUUUUUUUUUUUUUAAUGGAGCCUUCCUCUGCUCCCCUCGCCUCCCUCUCCUGGCCUCCCUACUGGCUUUGUCUUUCUCAGAGAUUUAUUACACUGUCAUUUGGGAUCAGUUCUUCUAAGUGUUUGCUGAAUUAUUUUAGUAUCCUGCAUAUGGAUAGGUUGCAAAAAAAAAAAAUGGGGGCCUUAAAGGUAGUGAAUUCUAGUCUUCAAACAAACCUAACAAUGUCCUUUGACUAAGCCUUCUGCAGAGACUAGGGUGCUACUAGCUUAGCUGUUUCUUCUUUCUUUGAUGCCCAAGGAAUCUUAAGAAAUCUCUUCAUUUUGCAGCUGCCAGGUAAAGAGCGUAUUAAAAGUUUCAAUGCACUUGCCAAAAAAAGCACAGCGGACAGCCUGUUGCAGAUUGGCCGUUAAUGUUUUCACUGCACUAUGGAUGGGUUACUUUUCUCUGCCCUCAGUUACUUCACAUUCUCUACCUUGAAAGAAAGUGUUAACCUUUCUACACCAAAUACCUCAUUGUUGGAAUAGAAAUGAACAAAACUUGAAUUAAAGAUUCCUCUUCUCCUCUGUCCCCCGCUUUUUGAUGAGAAAGGUCCUUUUCAGCAUCUUGUAGAAGAAAAGCUGGGGAAAAAAACCACUUGUUUACACUUUAUUAGGUACUAGCAAUUUACUUCUUUCAAAUUGCCUAAUUUUAUUUUAGCCUUCUAAGUGCAAUCCUUUUCCUCCCCAUAGAAGGGCAAAGAGGACAUAAGUUGGGAGGCCAAAGUAAAUCUGAAGCCACUCUUGGUCGUUGUUUGAUUUCUUUUCAAGGGCUAAAUGAAUCCUCCUCUAAAGGCAGAAACGGGACUGAGACAUUUGUAGGAAAAUGGGGGGGGGGAGAUCCAGUGUUCCUUGCAGUGCUGAGAACUAGGAGACCACCUCUUCCCACAGGUGUGAUAGUUUAAACCAGAGAUGUCCAAUCUUGACAACUUUUAAGACUUGUGGACUUCAACUCCCAGAAUUCCUCAGCCAAUUCUGGGAAUUGAAGUCCACAGGUCUGUAUUCACCCCAAGCCAUGUCUUUGUGGCUUGGAGGAAUGUGGACUCAUUAAGAAAUCCUAGCACAGAUUGUUCUUACAGAAGAGAGAGAAACCCAUUUUUUGUUCCCCUUUACUCCUGUGUAUUGAAUUGUAGUUGGUUCUAUAGCAGUUUUUGGGAAUGAAUAUAGCUUGAAUGGUUUACGAUCUGCAAGAGGUCUUGAACCAGGGAGGUGAAGCUUCUAUGGACCACAGUUCUUAGAUGGCAGAGAUGUUCCCUUUUCAGUUUUUAUGGUUUAUUAUUUUUUUAAAAAGCAGGAAUGAAAUUUGAAGGAAGGGGCAGAAGCUGAGAUGCAAUCAGCUUUCUGAGAUAAGUUUUUAGAAUAAGGAAAUUUCCUAACCCUAGUGCCAGAUGAAUUGGGCUGGCGUGAAUUUAAAUUCUUAUGUUUCCUCCUUAUAUUAGAACUGUCAUGGGUUUGUGCAGGGUUUGUGCAGGACUUCUUUUGCUGAACUGAUGAAAAAUAAUCAGGCAGGAUCAUCUUUUUAAUUGCAUUUUUGCAAACAAAAAACAAAAAAAGGCAUUUCCCUUUCUUACAUUUCACCCUAAAAUUGAAGAUAUGACAAUCAAUGUGAUCUUUUUAAGGGCUUCAGCGUACUUAACUCUGUAGCAUCGCACAUUAUUAUAUUUCUAGUGUUCCAUUUAACUUUUUCCUUUUCCUUAAAAAUGAUGAUGAAGAAAAAAAAAAUGGAGUGGAAACAAUUCCAGCAGUGCAUAUCUAAAUUAAUAUAUUUUGUUGCUUUUUUAAAAAAAAAAUAAAAAAAAAGUGGAGGCAGCAGUUGGGUUGGGCGUGAAGAAAUGUGGCCAGCUGUUUUAGUUGCCAGUCUUGUUCUCCUUUAAUGCUGUAACAUGUACAUUUUGACAGCACAGCUUGACAGUUUUAAGUAAUAAUUCAAAUGUCUGGUGGUAAUAACUUGCAUCAUUGUGCUAAGAUGAGAGUUGGUUUUCCCUGGUGCAUUGUAAAAGAGGGCUGGAGGCAAACUUCCUUUGUUACUUCCUCUCUUUUUUCUCAUCACCCCUUCCCUCCAGUAUUCUGCAAGCACAUUUGACUUCCUGGUGUGCAGUAUUUUACCCAGGGUUGGGAGAAAGUGGGGAAUGGGGGCAGAAGAGGAUCUUGCUUACAGCUUCUUCCUAUUGCCAUCUUCUUUAGGAAUGGCAUCAAAUCUAUCUUAACCGUGCAUCCUUCUUUGCAUCUUAGAAGACCCUGCUCCUAAUAUCUCUGGGUGGUUUUCCUCCUUUUUUCCUUUCCACUUGUCUCAGCAAGCAAUCAUGGGGCUUCCCUUCUUAACCUAUCCAAAUAAGGAAGUUUUUCUCCAACCCCCUUUCUCUAAAGCACUUGCUUUACAAGUUUAAAAAGAAAAAGAAAAAGCACUUUUGUUUAAAAGCAUGAGGGUCUCAUUCCCCCUUUUAUAAUAAUCUAUAGGAGAAAGGCCAGCAAGGGAAUUACGGUAUCAGGAAAAACCUAUUUUCCUUUUUGUCCCUCCCCCCCCACACACAUUUUUUUUUAAUUAAUCUAUGUUGGGUGGGAGGAUGGGUGGAGAAUUCUUUUAAUUUACUUCAGAGCUCUAGAGUCAUGGUUCUAGGGUUCAGAGAAAUAGAACAAAGGGAAGUUGUGUUUUAAAAAAUAAACAGCACAAAUACAUUUCAGCUUGACAAGUGUAUUUGCACUGCCAUUGUUAGAUAAAUGGGCCUUCCGCUGGGAGCCCAGCUGAGCCAUAUAACUAUUGACAAACACUGAAUGUAAAUGUCCUUGUAGAGGGCAAGUACUGAGAAGCGAUAAAUUGAUCAUAUAUUCCUAAGACGGCACUUCAGCGAAUUUAAAAUAACUGAUCCUGAUAAAAUGAUGCUGUUCCUUUUUUUCUAAAAAUGACUUUAUUUUGUUUACUUUUCCCCAGAGGUUGCUGGAGCUUAAGAAAACCCAUCUGUAGCAUUGUUACUGUUCAUUACUUUUUACGUUUUCUUUCUCCUCUUUUCCCACCCUGCCCAAGGAGUUCAAAAUCAUGGGAUAGAGACAUCCCAUGCUAAUAUUUCUAAAGAGCUCUAAUGUAAGAAAUGAAUUGUGUACUUAACAGGAUUUGAAUUUGUGUCCCUGAAAGUGAUGUGUAUAUUAUCUAGUCUGGUUUCUUGGCUUGGGACAGUGGAUUACCAAAGGGGCCUGUCUCUGGCCAGUUUCUAUACAGACUAAAUGUGCAGAAUCUCCUUUAGGGCUAAUGCUCACUUUGUAUUGAGAGAGCCAGCUCCAGACCUUUUGGCUUCCUUCUGAUAGGAAUGAAAUAGUUGAUCCAAGGACAUGCCAGAAUACCUUGCAGGUAGGCAAAUUGGGGUGGGAAGAUUCCUCUAAUGACAGGAUUUUUUUUUUUUUUAAACUCCAGCCGGUAUAAGGUAUUCUGGCAUAGCUAUAUGAACUUUAAUGUGAGCAAUUGUUUUUUUUUAAAAUCAGUUAUUAAAACAAAUAUCCAAGCAAGUAACCUUCUAUCCUUUCCUUGGUGAGUCCUGGAAAGUAUAUUUAUUAUCCCAUAUUUAACUCUCCUCCCCUCUAUUCAUCACCCCACGCAUUUUUCCUCAAAAACAUUUCCCUGUCAAAUUGUUGCGUAAUUCCGUUCUGAUUAGCUAUUCGCCCAAUAGUGCCAAAGAGAUGACAAGAUUAGGAAGGUGGUGGAGAGAGAAGUUUGGUGAUCUUUCAUGGCAUACUUUGCUUUUUUUUUAAAAAAAAAAUAUCAUUAUUUAAGCUGUAAGCUCAGCUCAGCUGGGCUUUGAGCAUAUUUUUUUAUGUGCAGGAAAAUGGGGAGGAGGAACCACCCUCCGUAUUGCAAAUGUUUCAUUACUUUACAACCUUCUCUUGGUGGAUUUUUUUUCUAAAUGGGUUCUUCAGUAUCAAGCGUGUAGCAUUUGAGAAAAAAAAAUGUGACUUCAGCAUCACUUAACUCCUACAAAGUCAAUGUUAAAGAAGAGAUGGGGAUAUAUAGAUUAUUAUUUUUUUCCCGCUGAAGCAAGGAGAAUGUUAAUUGCGGUUGGGAUUCUGUGAACUUUAAAGCAAUGAUUUCAUUCGAAUCAUGAAUUUGGGGGACAAAGAAAAAGCUGUUAAUGUUACAAAUAGGUAGAAAAUAUUUUGGGCUGGGCUGGGAGGGGGAUAGAUCUCUUAAGGUCUCCCGUAAGGCAUCUGUAGCAAGUUCUUAGUGUCUUUCUUUCCGUGAUCUAUGUGUAAAUGCUGCACCGAUGUAUAUUAUGCACAUAAAACAUUUCUUUGAAUAAGAUAGGACAGACCUCAUCACCAGUCAGGUAUAAACUAUUCUUCCUCUUUCGUGUGUUAGUUUUUCACUGUAUGUAUGUGUGUGCGUGUAUGUAUACCUGUAUGCGAUGAGCAUCUUUUCAAAUUCACUUUUGGUGCAAAAACAAAAGGGAUGAAAAAGAAAAGAAAGAAAAAUAGCCUUACUUUUAAUUCCAAUCCUAUCUUAGUUUGUCAACUUGAAUAUAAUAAAGCAGAAUUGCAUGGAAGUCUUUGAAACUAGCUGAGCCUCGUGUGCACGGUGAGUGGCAGUAAACUGUUUUUCUAAACAAAAAAAAAUUAGUAUGCAAUUUCAGCCACACAGCUUUUAGGAAAAAAAUCCCUGCAUUUUGUUUUUGUUUUUAAGAAUGGCGCGUAGGGAGGGGGGGGAGGGGGUUGAUUAUACCAGCUUGUGCCUGCUUUGCCUUCUCAAAAACUUGGGAAUUAGUUCCCAUUUGCUUACCCUUCAUGCUGACCAGAAGAGAGAUUUCAUAAAGGAGCUUACAUUGUUUUUUUUUUUUUUAUGAAACCGAUGUUUUCCAGAUGAUAGUAAGAUCUUUGAUAACCUCUUCGGACAUCAGGUGUACUGGCAGUAUAGAUUAACAGCCUGUUUGGUUUUUGGAGAUAAUAACACGGGGUUGAGGGAGGAAAAUAAGGACAGACACAACAGCAGGUGGUUCAGAUUAUCUGCUUUCCAAGGUAGUGUUGCAUCCCGUUUGGCCUGCAUAAAUGAUUACUACAUUUUAGAUACAACUUCCUAUUGCACUUCUAUCAGAAGUAGGGAAAAGGUUAAAAAAAAAAUGACUGGAAGUGUGGAAAUUACUCUAGUUGGUCUUUUGACCUGCACCAUGGAUAUAUGAAUCUAUUGUGUAAUUUUUGUCCCAGUUAUUUGGUUGCAGCACUGUAAAUCUGGUAUCCCUUCUGUCAACUUAAUUAUGAAGAUAAGGAGAAAGGUUAGUUUCAAGUCCUGCCUCUUUAUGGUGAUAUAAUUAGGGUUUGUCAAUGUACAGCUGUCCCCUCUAAAUUUACUAUUCUUACGUGCAAUCCUCUAUGAUUUUUCAUCUUUAAUUUAGGAAAUGCAAAUAUCCUGGAUAUUUGGAGGAGGGGGAAAUAAAUGGAAUAGCCUCACAGAAACAAAUGUUUCAGACUUGAGAACAAGCCUAGAUUCUUAUAUUCUGAGAAUUUCUUUGAUAUAUGAAAUUUGCACUGAUCAAUUGCAGAUCUCUUAGGCAAAAUUGGAGAUAGAGGCAUUAACAAACAAGCACACUUAGGGAGAUGAGAAGUGGGAGAUAAAAGAUCAAAACCAAAGGGAAAUUUGAUAUUGCGGGUUCUUGGAGUUUGAUACAGAGAAGACUUCUGUAUGGCUUUGGGCAUCUUGUAGACAAUGUUGAGUGGUUUGACUCACUUUUUAGAAUCCUGCAGCGUACAAAAGUAAACUCUUUUUAUACUGACAGAAACAGACAGAGGCCAGUGAAGGAAUUAGCUUUUAAAAUGACAGAACUAGAAAAAAAAUCAUUGCCGAAGGUAAGAUUUGGAAACAUGCUUUAUGGACUAAAAGUGACUGGGGUAUUAUUGUACUGUGUUAGUUGCCAGUUCUUAAUAUUUUGAAAGGCAUUUUUCUUUGCUGGUCCACUUGAAGAUAUUUAUUGAAAUGGCUGCUGAUAGUUUUGUAUGCAUGUCCUUACUUGAAUGUUUUGGAAAAAUAAUAGUGAAAGGAAGUUUCUUGCAGUUAACCUAAGUGUUGUGUCAGCAUCUCAUGCUUGCUGACAUUGGAGUAGGGAAUGAGUAAGACUGAGAGAAAUGCAUUUAAAGGCAGCCUGCCGGCAUUUGUCCAAUUUCUUUCCCUGCUUCUCCUCUAUCUUGGGAUUCAUCUUUUGGCACUAUCCAAUUGACUUCUGAUUCUUUUAGAAAGAGGAUAUGUUAAUCCAGGCGGUUAGAUUUCAAAACAGAAACUGAAACAGAUAUUGUAUUGAAAGAACACUCUUAAAAAUGUUAACCAUUCCAGGCGCCUUAGCUACCUAACAUGAAUGUAGCUUGUUUACCUUAUGAGAAGAAGCACUUUACAAUGCUCUUCUAUGUUCCUCGUAGUGCAAAGGUUAAUAAUUUAACAUCGACAGAAUAUGUAGGAAGCCCAUUUUGAUAGGAAAAAGGGGAGCAUGAUGGUAGUUGGGUCAGAUCCUUCUCCUCAAGUAUGAACUGUAAUUGGCUCCCCCUGUCUCAUUUAUAAUUUUGUCUAACUUCACUUACUCUUAUCCUUCAUCUCAUAAAUAAAAGCAGGCAGACUAUUUAGGAUUUCUUUUUAUCUCCCCUUCUCUCUGAAUUUUCUCUUGUAUACCAAGGUUUUCUGAUCUCUUGAGGUUCUCUUUUUUUCCUAAAGUGAGCAAUGCUUAGUCGUAAAGCCUUAUGAAGGUUUAGCUUAGUCUGUGUGAAAGUUGGAGGGUAUUGGAUCUCAGGUGGAAUGGGUGGAACCUAACAUUGCCUUCCUUCUAUUACUGCAAUCCAUACAUAUUACUCUAGUACCUUAAAAAUUAGUUGUGGGUAUGGUGACUCCAUUCUUUGGAUGUUUGGUUUUCAGACUUAUAAUCCAACUUUUCUAGGGUGAGAACAUCAGCUUUGGGAAGGCUGAACUAAAACAAAUUGUGUGUUCAUUCUUGCUAUGGUAGUUUUCUUUCCUCCCUGUAAUUUGAUGCCAUGUUGUAUAGAUUCAGAGCUUUUAAAAAUUGCACUAAAUAUGUAUGUGGCAGUUUCUGAUUUUUCAUUUAAUUUUUUCCCAAAUCAAAAAGUUUCUUCUGUUAGUAGGGAAUGGCAUAAAUUAUUUGCCAUAUCUGUUAUUUGUUCCUUUUGGCUUUCUAAUGGAUCUUGCUUCCUUUCAUACUAAAGCAGCACGGUACCAAAGGAUAUAAUGCUGAAUUCUUCAGUUUCAUUACGUAUUUUCUUUAUUCCUUGUGCUUUUUUCCCCUUCAAAUUAAUCUGUCAUUCUCUCCCCACAUUAAUACAUUUUAUCAAUUAUUGCUGUUAUCUGUUUUCACUUCUAAGACUUGCAAGUGAUUUCAAACUGUAAGUACAGGGGCCCUGGUGUAAGAUUUCAGUCCCAGAGCUUCGGGCCCUCCAGGCUUCUAAAACGCAGAUGCAGGUAUAUUUACAAAUUUAUCUCCAGCAGAGAUUGAGAAAUAGACUUUCUCUCCACCACCACCACCACCACCCCUUCCCCACCUGCUAGCUUUUCACAUGGGAAAAGAAGAUACAAGCUGUAGUGAGAUUUCUCUCUCUCCUUUUCUGGCACCAAGCCUAGGCCUUCCGCAAGUCCGGAAAGAAGGAGGUGUGUGUUUUUUUUUUCCAGAAGUAAUGGCUAAGUAGGGCCUAGUUUUGUGCUGAAGAAUUGUAAAAAAAGUGGGGAUUAUUGGUCAUGUACCUCUGGCUAAAGGGCCUGGCCCUUCUCCCCCUUUGAAGCUGAACUAAUUUGGGGUGAGAAUAGGGCCUCCUUCUGAUUUUCUUAAAUAUCCAUGCUCUUGGAAUAAAGCACAAACAGGGUUUUCUGUAGUAGAUUAAUUAGCAAAAGAAACUGGCAAUAAAACGUGGCAAGUAACCAAGGGUUUUCUUAAUAAAGAAAUGAGAAUUGUAAGUAGCCAUGCAACUUUCUGUCUCUAGAUAUAAAUCCUGUAAAUUACUAUCAUAAUAGCAGUCUCAAAAGUGAUAAUAAGAACAUCUAUCCUCCUAGUAGCAGUCCUUAUCACUUUUGAGACCUAUGUUACAGUGAGCGUACACAAAGAAAAAGAACACCCAUUUUGGUGAUUGGUUGAGAAUGUGUUGAGGCAAACAUGCACAAUUAUACGUGGAAGUGGCUUAAACUCUUAGCUUUUUGUGAGUUUUAUUUUUAGUUCUUUUCACAAGAAUCUGACAAAAGCUCUCAAGUUGCAUUCAUAUGUUAAAAGUUAUUGUGUUAUACACCCACCUUUAGAUUGUUUACCUUCUAAAUUAAGAAAAGGCUUAAAUUGAUACUGAUUGGCUAAGAUGUGCUUCGAUGUUUUUAUGCUAAAAAUGCAUAUGCAUUUCUCAAAAAAUAGCUUCAUGACAUAAUUUUUCUUCUACUACUUUUCCAAGUCCCAUCUUAGCAUCCUCCAGAUAUUCUGGGUACCAGCAUUCAUCCUCACCCAGUGUGGCCAUUGGCCCACGGACCAGAAAUUAAAGAGUUGGUGCAAGAAAUUUAGAGGACGCCAACAUAGAGAAGACUAUCAUAUUGGGUAAAUUUUGGAUCUAAGCCUCUACUUUAAUUGAUGUUAUGAUGAGGGAUGUAUAGAGUAGCUCAUAUUUUCCCCCACCCCAAAAAGGGAGGGGACUCCACAUUCACCACUUCCUUAAAUUUAAUAUGAAUGUUAGAACUUUCCAAACCACUCAGGUGUGAUAAAACAGUAUGUCCUGCAUGUUAUUCAGAGGGAAUAAGUUACAUCAAUGAGACCUGCAAUUUGCUCUGGAAAUCAGUAAACCCUUAAUUCCUCCCCCCCCCCCCGGCAGUUUAUUUUGAAUCUAAGAUUGGGAGACCAUGUUGACAAUCUAACUAGAGCGUGCCUGCAUUUGUUUCUUGAAGUGGAAUUGUGAACAUACUAUUAUUAACUGUUAGCAUUCCUGUUGCAUGUUUGUUUUGAAUUACUUGGCCAUGCCUUCUUUGCAACUUGGAAGUCAUGAACUGGGGUGAAAUUGGAAACUCGGAGCGGUUUUCCUUUGAAGACCUGGAGGAGUUGCUUUCUUUUCCUCCUGUUGGGUUCAUGACAGACCACACGCCCCAGUAACAGCCAACCUGCUGUUUUUAUUAGUUGUGGGCUUGUCUUAUAGCAAUACUUGUUGGCUGUGAGCUUGUGGGCACUUCAAAAGUCACCUGUGCUUGAAAUAGAUUUCUUCUUUGGGAGCAGCAAUAAUGGGGGUAGAAGGAGGGAGGGAGAGUAAAACUGGUUGCUGUGUUGAGGGUUUGUAGUCUGUUCUAUAGUUUGUACUAUCGGGUGUUUCGUGUUCUGUUUUAUUUAAAUUUGGGAGGGGGGGUGCAUUCUAAUGAUAAAUGGAAGGAUUUUGAAGUAUUGUGAUAAGAUUCUUUAUAAGCACUGAUUUCAGCCCCAAUGGGAGCUUUCUGCUUUGAAAGCUUUGAUGAUCUUUAAUCGCUCAUGUACUGUACCUUCCCAUAGUUGUGCUCCGUUGCUUUUGCCAGUUCUUUCUUCCUUCCUUGGUUUCUUUAUCCUGAGAUGCACAAAUGGUAUGUAUCUUUUAAGGGGGCACGCUAACUGUGUUUUUCGUUGUCUGGGUAAGGUAGAUGCAGCCAAUGUUUUGUGACAGUGUUUGUAGUCAGGGGUGACUUAGACAAUAUAUUGUGUCUGCAUGAGCCACGAACUGUGCUUUCCCCCCCCCCCCCCAACUCUGUCUUUUCUUCCCAGCCAUAGCUGCAAGUAUGCAACAGAGUCGGGGAGGAAAGUAUGAGGGCAUUGCACACAUUGUACACUUUCCUUGUUUUAGCUAGGGAGGGCAGUCUAAUUUACAUAUAUGUAUUUUCCAGCCUGUCUUCUAAGGACUGACAAAGUUACCUUACUGUUGAUGCUAACUGUUAGCAGAUUGUUGAAAUAUGGUGCAAUUCUUUCAGGGUGGCUUUAAUCAGCAGAAGAUAAAGGCCAGACAUUUUUUUUUUUUUGGUCCUUGUAUAAAUAAUUAUCUUAAAAUAUGAAUUCAUUCAAACACCCUUUGCCUAGCUCCUUUUUCUUGGCUGCUGAGCACUUCUCAAUUCGUUGCAUUUCAGUCUGGGACCAACACCAUAUAAUGUAGCCCUUAACAGCUAGGAGAACCACAAUAAAUCCUCAAAGGAAAUCUGUCAUUUCCACUGAAAAUGGAGACAGAGCGUUAAAGCAGCCUUUUCCAACUGCUGCUGGCUAGAUGUGUUGGAUUUUAACUUGCCCACCCUUUGGCUGUGCUGGCUUGGGCACUGUGAGAAUUGAAGUCCACCCAGCUGAGGCCCAAAGUGGGAAAGGGUGCAUUAAAGUAUUUUUUUUUUUCCUGCUUAACCUGUAACUGCUGCUUAUAAAUGGAAGGCUUUUGUCUUUCACAUUGAAUCACUUGGUCCAAAGGCAUUCAGAGAAGAGUGUAUAUCCUGACCACGACGUCAGUUUAAGCAUUCUCUUAGCUUUAUCUGCACAUUUGGGGCAAGGCUUUUAAUCCUUGGUUAGCAUUGCCAUAGUAUUUUCUCUAACUGCAUGGAGGCCAGGGUGCUUCAUUUUGGCUUCGGCCUCAGUUCUUAAGGGAACUGAGAGGGAAAUUGCCCCAGCUUAGAAGUUGUUUUAGUAGACUUUUUUUUUUUCUUUUUGUCUAUUAUGGCCACCUGCAGGAAUGCAGGAAACUUGAGGAGCACUUGGCUCUACAAUAAAAAUGGUUCUCCGCCUUUGAUUAAGCUCUCUGCAUCUGGGACCAGAGCCACAGCCUCCUGACCAGAGCAGGUCAAGGAUUUCCACUUAAUCUGUGUGAAAAAAGGAAUUUGGAGAAGGGGAAUGGAUGUUAGCAUUUGCCCCUCGUGCAAGCCCUCCACAUUGUGUGCAUGGGUAUUUGCAGGCAGAGUCUUCAUGUGCAUUCAUUACAGGUGGUGUUAAGAUUGGCUAAAGUGAUAAAGUCGAAUCUUGUUUUUAUUUCUUUCGUAUUUAAAAUUAGAGUCCCUCUAAUACAGUGUUUCUCAACCUUGACCAUUUUAAGGCAUGUGGACUUCAACUCCCAGAAUUCCACAGCCAGCAGUGCUGGCUGUGGAAUUCUGGGAGUUGAAGUCCACAUGCCUUAAAAUGGUCAAGGUUGAGAAACACUGCUCUAAUAAAUAAAACAAGAACUCCAGUGAACUUCCAUAACAGAGUUUUCUGAAACAAAAUCCUUUGUUACCUUUACCACUGAAUUAAUUGUAAUCUGCAUUAGUUUUAUAUUUGGGAUAUUUUAUGUCCCAUUCCUCCUCCUCCUCCUCCUGCCAGGGUGGAAAAGCUCUCUAGGAUUAUAGAGAUGUCUGUACUGUACUAAAAAGUGGAUAGGUGUCUUGAUAUGGAAAUCAGUUUAUAUUUCAACAGUUUGAUUGGGGUGUGGAGGAAGAAUGGGUCUUCAUACCUAAUUCUUACAGUAAAAACCUGAGCACAUCAGGGAACACAAAACCCCUUCUUGCUCUUAUGAUGCUUCACAUCUUAAAACACCAGGCAAGGAGGAAAAAUCUAUAGGAUGGGAUGUGGUUUCCUAUGAUCCUUUAAAGAGCAUUAAUGUGGGAGGAGGAAUGGAAGGCAGUUUUUAGAUCAGCACCUCAUAUUUACUGGACCUGUUUUGUAUUUGGUCUUUUGUAUUUAAUAGGGUAGAAUGGGAUUGGGAAAUAAUAUUAUGUUUUCACCUUUAGAGCACUGAAUCUACAACCUGCUGAUCAAGACCAGCAUGCAACCAUGUUGACCUCCUUUGAGGCAGGGGCCUUAAUUGGGAUCAUUUAGUUAAGCAGAUAUUUUUAAAUUAGACGCCUGUGUGUGUGCGUGUGUGCGCGUGCAUGUGUAUGAGUGUGUAUAUGUUGUAAUGGGUGAAGAUGGGAGUAUUGUUUGAAUGGUAAUAUUUUGAGUUUGGGGGAUGAAUGAUAAGCUAUUGGAGCAAGAAUGGAAGUGCUGCCUAUGAAGCAUUGCCCUUCUCCAUUGCUUGUACUUUUGGAACUAUAAUGAUUGUGGGGAAGUUUAACUUUGCCCCCUUAUCUUGCUAGUAUUGGAAAGCUUGGACCAAUGUUUAGAAGAGAUUAUUAAAAAUAAGCAUUCAAGUCAGCUCACAGGCCUGCCUCCUUACUUGCAGACACAUGAUCUUCCUUCAAACACUGGUUUAAAGCACAAAAAAAAAAAAAAAGUACCCAAAUGCUCACUCUGGGUAUUUGAGAAGAGGGUUUGGUUACAGGGCAGGAGUUGCCAAGGUCAGUUCACACAUUCCCCAAAGUCUGCUUUUAAGCCCAAUGCAAAGGAAGUUCCUGAUAUGCAAUCAGAGUGUUGCUCUUUUGAGACUGAUUGGUAAUCUUCCUUUCUUAUGGAUCUCCUUGCCCUCAUUUCUUCACUGGAAGCAGUAUUUUUUAAGUUUUUUUUUUUAAGUAAUUAUGUUUCCCUCAAGAGUUUUAUUCUUAGAAAGGCAGAUCUGUCAGACCAACCAUCAAUUAUUCCUCCUUUUCUUCCCCACCCCGGACCCCAGCCUGGUUGUUCCAUGAAAUGAAAACAUUAUGUUAAGAGAUCUAUGUAAAAUCAUAUUGAAUAACAAUGCAGUGAGGUAUCACAAGCCAUUCAUCCCCCUUUCUACACAUCUCAGUCUUGCGCAGUGUGGAAGCCACCUUGUAUAAGCCCUUUACAUGAAUUCAGUGAAUGGUUAACCUUUUUUUGUCUCAGAUGAUAUAUAUGCAUUUUCAAAAUUUCUGCAUUACCUUUGGGGGGGGGGUUGGGGAAAGGGGUUAACAGGAACUUAAAACUAAAAUUAAAAAAAAACAAAGCAUUCAGACUUGAUCUAUUUUCUACAAUGUAUGCUGCGACCAGGUCCUGUUAUUCAUAUUGUGGCUUUGAAUCAAUUAUGUUGAUUAAAAUGCUGUUGCUUCUA